AAACCGGUGUCGGCGACAGUCAAUUGGUCUCACUGUCACUCAUUGGACAGCAGCGGCGAAGUGGUGGACAAGAGUGCUCGACGUAAACUGAUUAUCGCCAGCAUAUUGUGCCUCAUAUUUAUGGUAAUAGAAGUGGUCGGCGGACUGUUGGCCAAUAGUCUGGCCAUUGCCACAGACGCGGCGCAUCUGUUAACAGAUUUCGCCAGUUUUAUGAUUAGUCUGUUCUCGCUUUGGGUCGCCUCACGUAAGGCCAGCUCUCGUAUGAGUUUCGGUUGGCAUAGGGCUGAAGUGAUCGGUGCCCUCACAUCGGUGCUCAUGAUUUGGGUGGUCACCGGAAUCCUGUGCUUUAUGGCCGUCGAGCGCAUAAUGAGCAAAAAAUAUGAGAUCGACGCCCAGAUUAUGGUCAUUACGGCCUCAAUCGGUGUUAUAGUAAACAUAAUUAUGGGAAUAUCUCUAUCGGCUGGCGGUAUAUCUCACGGUCACAGCCACGGAGGCGGUGGUGGCAGUCAUUCCCAUAACCACAGC